AAAUUGUGGUAAGGGCCAGAAGAGACCCAGCUUAAUUUCUAAGGUUUGAUCUUAAAAGUUGCUUCUAACGUGACCAUCUUUGGAAGAUUUCCUUUUGCGACAGCCACUUAAAUUGAUCUAGACUACAUUCUCUCUUCUCUCCCUUCCAUUCCUCCUCCAAUGAUUGCAUGCUGUCCAUCCAAUUAGCAAACACUCUGACAUGGCAGAGAACAUCACAUCACACAAACUUCAAAAAAACGUGGUCUCUGGGUGGAUUUGAACUUUGGUCCUUUGGUCUGCAGUCCAGCACACUACCGAUAUGUAUCUACGAGAACGAGUUGAGAUUGAGCAGCGAUGUAAGCUAUAGUCUACUCCAGACUACAUCUCCUGCGCUAUUCACUAUACCCUUACCCUAUUUUGUUCAUGUUUUAUAUAUCAUAUUAUUAUUAGAUAUAUACAUUCUAACUUUCUAAGCUGUACCCAUAUUUGUUUUUUCAGUUUGGGUGGCUGUCGCAAAAGGAAGUCUUCCCCCAUCUUCAAUUGAUUUAAAUUUAGGUACCUAUUAAAAGUUGCCAAAAAAGUUAUUUUACUGCAGAUGAAUUCUUUGUCACAUGUGUUUCAUCAUGAAGUCUCUAUAAUUGUAACAAUUUUUAAUGUGUUAACAAUUGGACUGCUUUCUCCAACACUCGGAUUAUCGAAACCUGCAGAUAAAGCUAGCUAGCAAGAAGAGACCCUUCCGCUGGUACGAGACAAGCAUCUACAUAUGAUCGAUUUGAGUGGAACAUCACAUCACAACCGCCUGGAAUACUCCACCCCUGUCAAUAUCUGACAAAGUUGCGGAAGGCAGUCUGGAACCAUACAGUCCACCUAAACUGACCUUUCCUGUUGAAGUCAACAGAUUGUUAACCAAACUUUGGCUAAUCUAAGCAAAUUACUUUCAUCAAUAAGUAUGGCAUCCCAGGAUGACACAUACUGUGAUUUCAGUGAUAUGGCGGAGUUUAUUAAUGAUCCACCCAUAUCAGGAUUUCCAGCGUCUCCAGAAUACAGCCCUCUGUUUGAGCCACCAGACACCAAUUUCUUUGAUGAAGAUGAGGAGGCUGUGAUGGGCCUUAAAUCCCAUCAACAACCGUGUGGGAGCGUAAGCCCUUCUACAAGCUCAUACACGUCUGAUUAUACACCAGAGACGCCUCUCUCUCGUGUUGCAGAGACGGCAUUGUUUUGCCAGCAGAGAGAGUUAGAAACUGGACAAGCAGUAUACAUCGACUCCAGCAACCCCUUCUACAUGUAUUCUGAGCUGCUGGAUCAGCUUGAGCAGGAAAGUGGAGAUCUGGUGAGAGGAGGGAAUGCUACCUCACAAAAAGAGCAGACCAGCAGUGGAGCUGUAGCAGUGCAUCCAGUGGACAUCGAGGUCAGCCCAAGUACCAAGUCAGCAUUUUCAACAACAGCAGCAGGACGAGAGCAGACUUCCCAGAAGGUGACAGUCAACGCACUUGGUGUGAAAUCAACAUCUCAACCAAGUUCAAGGCCCACCGUCAACGGAGCAAGAGGUUCAUCACAUGUCAGGGAGAAUAAGAACAAUUUACCUGUAGCUAAAAAUGAUGUGAUUAAAGUUGGUGUCAAAAGAAAGGCUGUUCAAGUGAAGGAGGAGGCUAAAAAGGUCAAGAAAAGUUGUGAAGAUUCCGCUACUACAAGUCGGAGUCAGAAAAAUGCCAUUGCUGCUAGAGAAAAUAGACUAAAAAAGAAAAAUGAGUUUGAGGAAAUGAAGAGGAAUGAAGCCUUGUUGCAGGAGGAAAAUGAAUGUCUUCGUAAGGAAAAUUCAGAUCAGUUAAAGACUAUCACAGGGUUGCAGCAAAAAGUGGAGUACCUAAAGAGUGUGCUUUUCAAUCAAAGUUCUCUAUCUACAGUCCUCCAAAGCCUAAAUCCCAAACCAAAGUUGAAGCUGAGCUCAUCAGUGGGUGUGUCCUCUCAAGUAGAUGGAGCUCAAAGAAUGAGUGGCGGUGUAUGUUUACAUAUUAACGGUUCUUCAGAUGCAUCCCUUGAAUGGUGUUCAAAAUGUUCAAUGAAGGCUCAAGCUUCCUUUGAUUCUUGAAAUUAACAUGCGAACCUGAAUGAUAUUAUGAAUAGAUUGUUCUGUUAUUUAAUGCAAAAUCAGGAAAUACUGACAAUAAUCUCAUUUGUAACAUGAUUAACAUCUCAUUGAAGGUCAUUCUGUUUGUACAUUUAUGUGCCUUACCUGCUGUCAAAGAUUGUUACGAAAAUUGCAUCAUGAAAUUGAAAACAACAAAAAAUGUGAAAGCAUUGAUAUCACGCUGUCGGAGAGUGCUUUGCAGUACUUUGCUCCAACAAUUGUGGAUUGCAUGCAUGAGGAAGAAAUGAAAGUGGUACACUUACACAAUGCUUUCAAGUAUUGUAGGUCAGCAGAAGAUUCAGAAAAGUAAUAUUUGACAACUCUAAGACACAUCUCACUUGUCUGAGAAGGAUUUAUUUGGUGUAAAUAUAUGGAGCUUUUGAUGAGCAGACGAUCUCCAUGCCUGUAUCAUCAUUCAAAUUGAAUUUGCGCUAGAUUUUUUGGCAGAGACAAUUGAGAGCAGCAGCAUGAUGCAGACUAGUUUCAUUUAUUUGCAGCUAGGGACAAACCUCACGCUGUGCAAUAUAACUACUUCCAAGAUUUCUCAGCCAAGAGUUGUCAGUUUCUUCAUGUUUAAAUCUGUUUUUGAUUAAGAAAUCUGCUUCUAAAGUCUGACUCCAAAGCCUAAAAUUUAUGUUUGAAGAAGAAAAACAGUUUCAAAUAGAGUGAUAGAUUAAAAAUAAUUACCAGUAUGUAUUUUGAUUCAAAUACAAAUUACAUAAAAGGAGUAUCAUGUUCAGCAAGUUUUUUUCGAGGGAGGACUUAUGAAACUUAAUUGCUGAAUUCAUCAUAUUUAGCAUUGAAUGUAGAAGCAGGUUUCUCUUUCAAACUGUAUGCAUUUACGUAAUGCAUGGCAUAAAAUAGAUACCAAAUCUAGAUGCCCUGAUUCAUGGGGAAUCAUGGCUAUACAUACUUAAUGUCUCCAGAUACAAAAAGUUGGAAUUAUUCUAUUUUUUAUGGUUGGGGAGGGGGUAGGGCAGCAACUUUUUACCUCCAAAAUGCUAAAUGUUUUAUGCCAUGCAUUAUGCAUUCAACACAUUGAUUAAUGAAAAUCAUUUGGUGUAUUUCCUGUUAUCAUUACUUUUUUGCAUUCACAAUCUUUAGAUGUCCAAAUAUAGAUGUUUCGCCCCAUUUUAAAAGGUUGAUAAAAGGAUAAACAUUUGGUUAAUGUUAACACCACCCCUCCCCCCCCCCCAAAAAAAAAAUAGAUAUAAAAUGAUACAGGAUAAAAUUACUUCCAAAUGUUUGUCAUAUCAUUGCCAAACUUUUGUAACACAAAGGCUUCAUAUCUGCUCUCUUGCAAAUCAACUUUAUUAUGUGAAUAAAUUCACACUUUACCCUCUUUUUUUUAUUGAAUCAACAGUACUCUAAUCCAAAUUAUCCCACGAUAUACAAAUAUUGAAAUGAUGGGAUUACCUUGUUAAAGAGCAGCUCUGAUGCCUUGUGAUUGAAUAAUUAAUAUGUAAACUUUCCUUCCAGUGAUCAGAAAAUUUUCUGACGUGAAAAGAAAAUGUACAGAAGAAAACAGAAAAUAUAUGUACAGAAAAAAUGAGAAUGUAUAUUUAUCAGAUCAGAUCUGUAUUUACAAAAACUUUUUGGAAAUGCUCAUUUUCAAUAAACAAAAAAUAGUUUUAAAAAUCA